AGCAAUCAGCUGGCGCUUGUUUUUGUUUCGUGACAUAACCGCAACUUAUUAAUCGUAAAAUAUUAGCAAUUAAUUACUUAAAACAAACGUUAAAUACUACAAAUUAUUUAGGAAACAUGUCCCACAAAUACACCGAGCUUAUUAAGCUCGGAACCCAAUAUGCUCGUCGCAUGAACUACCUCUCAAACCGCAUUUUCGGCGAAGUUGCGCGCACCACUAACGAUAAAUCCAUGAAGGUUGUUCGCAUGUUCGCCGAAGAGCCGAUUCACAAACGGGACUACGUGAUCAACUGGUAUCCGCGCCACGUGGAAACGCAUUUGCUGAUGAAAAACCUGCGCGACUACGGAUUAUUCCGAGAUGAGCAUCAGGACUUCAAAGAAGAAAUGAAGCGUCUUCGUAAGCUGCGAGGCAAGGCACCACCCAAAAAGGGUGAGGGCAAGCGGGCCUCCAAGAAAUAGUUCCAUAAAUAUACAAAACAAAACGUUUUUAUUGAACGAA